AAUAAUUUUCAAGCAUAAAACUCCCCCACUCCCAGUCUCCCACUCUCUGUCGUACUACAAGCACUCAACCACAACUACAGUCUACAGUCCAGUCCAUCUCUCUCUCUAGUUCUCUUUCCUUCUCUGGAUCUCCGACGAAAAUCUAGGGAAAUAUUCUCAACAGAUCGUUAGAUUCGAGCCUGCGGUUCCUGCUCUCCUGCAACCCACAGCUCAUUGGGAAAAAUCCUUCGUAUCGUAUAAGAAGCAGCAUGCCGUGGACAUCUUCUUUUGUGAAUUACAGCAGGAACUGCGUUCGCUUGGUGGUCUUUUUCCGGGUGAUUCUGUAAUUUUGCGUUUCGGCUUUGCUAUGAAGCAGGCUGGGAAGACUAAGAUGAGUGCUAGGGUUGCUGGAUAUUACCAAGUGAUGCAAAUAUGUCAGUGUUCAUCACUUGCAAAUUCAAAUAAUUGCCUGCCUAUAGAGCAUACAAACGAUCCAUUCUUGCUGCUCAAGAAAGGGUUUCUGAUGCAUAGAGACCAAAGAUUCAACCCGAAGGCAGUGCCUCCAUUUGCUAAUCAAGGGGGUGACAACUACAUGCAUCUCCCAGUUUCAUCUUCCUUUCCUGGGAACUUAUUUCCAGCUGCAGAUGACUUGUUGCCUAUCUACGGUGUUCAAUUUCAGCCAUCUGAGGUCUGCCCAAGGAAUUUCGUGAUUGUUGAUCAAACUGAUCAUCACAGUCAAAUAAUGUUCAACCCUGCAAUUGGCUACAAAUUCUCUGCUCCCAACUUCAAUGCCCCUUCAAGUUUCAUCCACGAGAGCUUUAUGGGGAAAGAAGAUGCCCUUGAUAUUAAGGAGUUGUCAUCCUGGAAGGAAGAUUCUCAUGAUAUUGAUGCGCUGUUAAGCUUGGAUGAGGAGGACGAUGGUGAUGAUGAAAGCGAUGAAGAUGAGGUCAGCACUGCGAGGACGUAUGGGAGCAGCUCCCCUGGUUCGUGUAGCAACUACGACCAUCACUACAACUCCAGGAGCAAUGUUUGUUCAUCCGUUCAAAAGUCUUUUGGUGGGGGCAGCAGCAGCAACAGCAGCGAGAAGAAACAGUUAAAGAUGAAGAGGAUGGUGAAGGCACUGAAGGGAAUCGUUCCUGGUGGGGAGCAAAUGAAUACCGUCACCAUUAUUGACGAAGCAGUCAAGUACCUCAAAACGCUCAAGGUUGAAGCCCAGAAGCUUGGAGUGGGGAAAUUGAAAGACUACUACGAAUAA